GUUUCUUGCGUUCAAGCAAGCUUGCUUCCGCUAUGUUGGCACGCACGAGUUCCUAUGACUGAAAUCUGGGCCUCAGGCACAUCUUGCGACCACAAGCCAAACCAAAGGGGAACGACUCCCUUGGGAUGAUGCGCGGCCAGUUGGGCCAUUUCAGCCCAGCCGUGCUCCUCGUUCUCAGCUGUUUCUUGGGUUCGGCCUUCUCCAUCGACACCUCUGCCUGGGUGGGCGCGGAGUACCAGCCUGCGAGGAGUAGCAACCAGGAUUGGCUAUAUCACUGGGAUGGCUACAAGGAGGAGGUUGCCAGAGAGAUCCCGAUGAUCAAGCAGGCUCUCUCCUUCACGGCCUUUCGGGUCUUCCUCCACUCGGCCAUCUAUUUCGCCUCCCCGGAGCGGCUGAUGAGCACCAUGGAUGAGUUCUUGGAGAUCUGCCAGCGCAGCGGCAUCCGCGUGGGCUUCGUCUUCUUCGACGACUGCUGGAGCCACGAGGGCCUGGAUCUGCAGAAGCCAUGCCAGCCCACCAAGGGCCUGCACAACCACUGCUGGAUGGCGAGCCCUCAAGACGCCGAGCGCCUGAACGGCGUGGACCACUUCAAGCCCUACGUGCAGGAGGUGGUGCGCAGGUUCCAGGGCGACUCCCGGGUUCUUUGGUGGGAAAUCUUCAAUGAGCCCCAUGUCACCGACCCAUAUCCACAAGGCAACUUCUCGGAGGCGCUGCGGGCUGCGGCCUUCGGCUGGGCCAAGGCGCUGAGCGAGAAGCCGGUGAUCAGCUGCUGGAACGAGGCGGACGACACCGCCAGGGGCACCAACACCAGCAACGCCUACACCGAGCUGAAUGAUGCACACCAGUACGCCCAGCCGUGGAACGGUAUCUCCAAUGCGGUGUUUAAGAACGACACGGGCAAAAUGAAGGGCGGCCUAGUGACCGAAGCGGGCGCCCGCUGGUAUCAGGGCACCAACUCAGACGCGGGCUCUCCGCUCACGCUCAUCGACUGGCUGAAGAAGCUGCGGAAGAACCCGGCAGCCAAGUUCGUGCCGGGCGUGAUGAUCGAUUGGGAGGUCAUGGUGAGCAACAGCAACACGCGCUGGCACUGGGGCGGCCAAGCGCAAGAUCAGGAGCCUGCCAUCCCAUGGCACCAGCACCUCUUCCCGGACGGCAGCCCUGUGAGUUACACAGAGGCGGCGGCCAUCCGAAGAUACAUCACGGGCAAGGACGAGUUCCUGUAUUUCAACGAUUUCCUGAACGACGUCCCGAACCCGGGCAGCGCGGAGCGCUUCCUUCGCCUAGACGCGCCCUUCCGCCCCGAGCUCACGCUGAAGGACGGGCUCGUAGAGAUGGCGCUGUGGCCGGACACGGCGGCCACGGUUCGCCUCAAGCUCCGCCACUCCGCGGAAGACAGCUAUGAGAUCGCCUUAGAUGCGGACAAGAAGACUCUGAGCCUCUCCCGUGGUGGGAAAGUCCGCGCCAGCUUCAAUGUCUCCAGCCUGGACUGUGGCCUGCUCUCAGGGGGCAUGAAGGAGUUGAAAGGCGCCUGGAAUCUGCUGCGGGCUCUGGUGGACGGAAACCGCGUGCAGGUCUGGCUGAACCCCAUGUAUCCCGACGUUUUCCCGGAGACGCUGCCCGUGCCAUCGGGGCCGCGUGUGCCAAUCCGAGCCAUGCCGCCGAGGAUCGACUUUGAAGAUCCGGAGCCGCUGAAGGAGGGAGGCCUGGAGGUGACCGCGGAGGGUGGGGGCUUUCUGGACUACUUCUCAGUGCUGCCGCCAGUGCUCUAUGGCUCCGACUGGCCGGGCCGGGGAGUCCUCUACAGCUGAGGCAGCCAGAUGGGCCAUGCACGGUUGUUGUUGGGAAACAUUUUGUAC